AUAGCUGCUUGGACUGCUGAUAUUGCUGCUCAGAACCCCGUCCUUGUCUCUCGCAGUGUAAUUGGGGAAACACAGGAAGGAUGGCCAAUGUACCUUCUCGAAAUAGGAAAAAGUGGUCCAAAUAAGAAGGCCAUCUUUACGGAUUAUGGUUUCCAUGUAGAGUGGAUCUCCCCUGCUUUCUGCCAGUGGUUUGUGAAAGAAGUCACUGAAAGCAGGACAGAUGGUUACGUUUACACUUGGACAAAUGGCCACAUGUGGAUAAAGACAUAGUCUAAAAAUGCUGGUAGCCAUUGCAUUGGUACAGAUCCCAACAGGAAUAUUAUUGCUGACUGGUGCACUCUUGGGGCCUCAAAAAACCCCUGUGAUUCUACUUACUGUGGCUCUGCACCUGAGUCUGAAAAGGAGACUAAGACUUUGACUGAUUUUAUUUGUGAACAUCUUUCUACAAUCAAGGUGUACUUGACGAUUCACUCCUAUUUCCAGCUGCAACUGUUUCCUUAUUCAUAUACUUACAAAUUACCAUAGAAUUACGAGGAACAGUAAAAUUCCAUUGCUCGUGCUGCAUCCAAACAGCUGGCCAGUUUGUAUAAUACUGAAUAUACAUAUGGCCCAGGAGCGACAACAAUCUAUCCUGCUGCAGGGGGCUCUGACGACUGGGCUUACGAUCAAGGCAUCAAGUACUCUUUCACUUUUGAGCUCCGAGACACUGGUAGAUAUGGUUUUGUUCUCCCUGAACCUCAGAUAAAGCCAACCUGUGAGGAGACUCUAAGUGCUGUUAAAUAUAUUGCCAAUUAUGUCCUUGAGCACUUGUAUUAG